GAGGUGAAAAAACACCAGUGCCCUGAUGCCAAGAAGUCCUACCAGUACUGCAAGUGCAAGGGCUCUACACUGGAGAACAAAACUGAUUGUUUUAUACUUGGCUUUGAAUAAUGCCAUCACCAGAGUUGUUCCACAAAAUCUUGGGACUGACACUUCUCCUGCUCCCCUGCUACGCUCAAGGAAAACCAGGACAAUUUUUUCCAGUGCCCGGUUUCAGAGCAGAAAAAGGGUUAUCUCAACCUUAUUUACCAGGUUUCCCAUCAGUUACUGGUAAUGAAAUGGAAGAUACUGUCCUUCAGUUAAAAGAUCGGAUUUUAAAACUCGAAGGAGUCCUUCGCUUACAAGGGAAGAUAACAACAUCUGGACAAAAAAUAUUUGCUACCAAUGGGAAAACAGCUGAUUUCUAUGCUACUGUGAAAAUGUGCCAGGAGGCUGGUGGGUGUAUUGCAUCUCCAAGGAAUGCAGAUGAGAACGCUGCCAUUCUGCACUUUGUGAAGCAGUUUAAUAGGUACGCCUACCUGGGGAUAAAGGAAUCUCUAAUCCCAGGCAAAUUCCAAUUCCUGAAUGGUGCUGACCUGAGCUAUACCAACUGGUAUUUACACGAGCCUUCUGGCAAAGGCGAAGAGGAGUGUGUGGAGAUGUACACUGACGGCACUUGGAAUGACAAAAAGUGCAAUCAGAACCGCCUUGUUGUCUGCCAGUUUUAGUGCUUUUUCCUGUCUGGCAGGGUAUGUGGAAUAGUCUUUUAUUUCCCUUGUUCCUUCAUUUGUAGCUAGUGAACUCAACAUAGCGUGUAAAAAUAUAAGUCACUCAUUUCAGUCUGAUUUGGUUUUUGAAUAAAUACCAACCAUAGGAUUAUAAGCCAUUACUUAAAAUGAGAGCAGUGACUGUUUUGUC